CACACCAUCUCCUCUGAUACCUCCUCCCACCACCUCUACACUCCCAUAUAAAUCAACAAUGGCCCCAAAACGCACCCCCGCCACCGCCUCAACCUCACCCAGCAACACCAGUACCAGCACCGGCCCCAUCCCCGCUCCCUCCGCACCCACCAUGCCUUCUGCCAGCAGCAGCUCUAAUAGUGCAUCCCUCUCCUCCGGCCCCAAAACCCUCACCACCAACUCCUCCGUCUACGAUAUCGCCCAGACCGUCUGGCAACAGUACGUGGGGACCACGCCGCAGCGGACGUUGUUGUUGGACGCCUUCAUGGCGUUUUUGGUGCUUGUGGGGGGUGUUCAGUUUGUGUAUUGUGUGUUGGCGGGGAAUUAUCCCUUCAACGCCUUCCUAAGUGGUUUCUGUGCCGCGGUGGGACAAUUUGUUCUUACGGCGAGUUUGAGGAUGCAGACUAGUGGGUCUACUUCUUCUUAUUCGACUUCUUCGACGGUGUCUGGGGCCAAGGGGAAGGGGAAGAAGGGUACAACGGGUGCGGUUGCUGAUGGGGAGGGUGAGAAGGGGGUGGUUUCGCAUGAGAGGGCAUUCGCGGAUUACGUCUUCGGAAGUCUGAUUUUGCAUUUCUUUUGUAUUAACUUUAUCAAUUAGGUUGGUUUAUCUUUUCGGGUGGGAGACGUGGGUUAUGGGAUAAGAUGGGUUGUGGGAUGGUUGUGUUGGGGGAAGUAUGCUAUACUGGACUGGAUUGCUGGGCUGGCGGAUGGCAUGGAUAGAUGGCUGUUCCCUGGUGGAGUGGGUUCUGUCCUGUAUAGUUCUGUCUGGUCUGGCAUAUUCUGUCGGUGGAUUGUGGAUGGUGGGUAAAAUAUCAGUGUUGAUUAUUAUUCUGUUAGCUUAUACUAUACCUCGUUGUUUUAUGUAUUGAUAUUACAGUGUUU